AUGGAUCAGAAAAAAGGCAUCUUCAAAUUCCUCCACAAGAGCCGCCACGGCAUCUUAGGCGUUACCUACCAUGUCUUUCGUGUCGCUGAAUUCAUCACUCUGAUCGCCAUCAUCGGUCUCACAGCUUCCUUCGUCUCGGACAUGGUCAAUGCCAACGUCUCUCCUCCAUCUCUCCUAGUCGCCCUCUUGUCUCUCGCCGUCCUAACAGAAGUCUACAUAAUAAUAACCUCUAUCCUCUUCUACGACCACAAAAUGGCCUUUAAAUGGGCCCUAUGCUUCGACUCCCUCAUCCUCGCCGGUCUGAUCGUUAUUGCCGUCGAAGCCGGACAACCGCUCUCUUACCUCCGCUGCUCUGAUAUCGGGACAUCUGAAAACGCAUCCACUUUUGUGUCUACGCUAUCCAGUCUUGCGGGUGUGCUCAGUUCCACGAAGGGGUCGAAGGCGUUUUCCGGAUUUAUUGCGUCGGCGAGACAUGUUUGUCUUGAGAUGAAGUCUAUUUGGGGGUUGAUUAUUGCUAAUUGCAUAUUCUUCACCUUCACUGUCAUUAUUGGGGCGCUUCUUUCGUACAUGAACAGACGGACUCCCAAGAAGACGACAGACGGCGAUUUUUAG